AUGGCAGUUCAGCAAAACCAGCCAGGCCAACCGGCAGCGGCAGGUGGCCAGGGUCCAGGACAAGGAAACCCCCGAGGGGCGUUUCGGGCUCAACAGCAGAGAAGUCGGGCCUUUGGCCAGCGUUCACGCAAGGUGCAGCGCAAUUUGGCCAGCUUUGAGUUGCAGGCACAGACUUGCAAUGCUUUGGGAAGAAGUAGGACCAUGGACCAUCUGGUUCCCACAGACAUCAAGGCAACCAGGCCUCGAAUCUGUGGCAAAGGCCAGUGGAAAGUCUGGACCCCAGAAGCAAUCCUGCGAGCAGCUUUUGCCAAAGAGGUUCUUCCAGCUAGGGCCGUUGCAGCACAAGUAGACGGGAGCAGUGGUUCAUAUGCCAGGGAAACCCGCAGCUUUAUAGCCGCGUCGUUGGACAAAGAGCAGAACGAGGGUUGGGCACGCCAGGUCGCACAAGCUCAACAUGAUGCAGGGGGACGGUUGUCUUUUGUGUUGUGCAAUAUGAUGUUUGAUGAGACGGAGCUUGAAGUGUCUGUGCGAGAUUUCGGGCCAGCGCAGUGGAAUAUAUUGGCUUCACAUACCCAGUUGACGAUUGCGGUUUCUGGUGAAGGCUCCGAACGUGAUUUUGAUAUCAUGCGGCCUCCAAUGGUAAUUCCAACUAAGCAAGCUGUCACAAUGUGGCCGGCGUUGUGUAACGGAGUUGGGGGGUUGAUGCCCGGCAUUUGCGAGGUGGAAGCAGGCUUCAAAGCCGUUCUCGUCACGUGUGACGCGGCUGCGGCAAAUCUCAAAGUUCUUCGUCACCUGCUAGCAGUCACUCCGGAUGACGUGCUGUUGCUGCCCACAUUAUGUGCACAACAUAUGAAUGGGAAUGUUAUUGAGCGAGUGAGCAAGCUUUUAGGGAUAAUCCCGGGUUCAUUCGCAGUGGCGAAGACCAUGAAGGCUGGAUCUGCGAUUCAGCAGCUGGUUCGUGCCCUUGAGCGUGUGAUAUCCCAAACAUUGGUCGUCAGGCAAGGCGAGCCACCUGGGUUGCAGGAAGAGUGGGCCUUUGGCCGUCGUUGUUCCAAGGCACUGCUCGAUCUUGUUGCUGCAAACUCAAACAACGCAGGUGCGUGCGGUUCUUCGGAAGAAGAGCCGGGUAAGCGGGCCAAGAUUGCGAAGGAGUUCUUGGAGUUCUUCGCUGGGCCUUGGCGAGGACCGACAUUCCGUAUCUCGUGUCUCGAGCAGAUGCCUCCUACCUUGAGUAAGCUUUCGCAAUCGUGCAUCCGACACGGCCUCUCGAGUGUCUUCUUCCAUCAUGAUCUUCGACGUGCCCAAACGCAGGGCCUUUGGCCGUCGUUGGACAUGAUUCAAAAUCCUGCCAAGCUUGAGGCGGCUUUGCAGAAGCUGCUCAAAACGUUGGUGGCCGACAGCUAUGGCAAUGUGCGCGCCGUGAGUUGGGCACGCAAUGUGUACAACAGCAGUCACCCACUUCACCUGAUCCUGGACAUGGAGCAGCUUGCGGCUGCUGGCCAUGGUUCCGGGGGCAAACUGUGGUUGGGCGGCGAAGCAGCUUCCUCUGAUGUGACGACCCUGGAAAAGCACAACAUCACCGUUGUUGCCCCAGCAGCCCGUUCCCCAGUGGUGGCAGAGAGUAUGGGGAUCUAUGUGUACCCGUACAAGGACGGCACAGGAAUCGCUCAAGGAGACAUUCCCACGCAGGACGUCCUCCCCCUUGUGGAUGCCAUCAUUUCGGACUUAGUCCAGGGUAAGAGUGUCCUGAUCAGUUGCAAAAACGGGGCUCAUCGCUCGUCGAUCCUGCUCUUGCUUGUUCUGAUUCGCUUGACGGGCCUUGAUGCCGAGACGCUGAUGAACUAUGUUUGUGCCUGUCGCAACAUUGCAGACUUCCACUCCCUCCCCCCGGCCAAGGCGGGGCGCGUCCUUUCGCGCUCAUCAGCACAGUUUUUGGCGGCAGAGGCCGCGAAGUAUGCGCCGGUGCUUUCGCCUCUGUGCGGUGUUCACGAGCUGGUGACGCCGAAGCUGUUCACCCAGCGAUGCCUGGAGCUGGGUUUCUCGACGAUCCCGGCCGCAAGGCCGGGCUUGUUCGUGGGCACGGCAAAGCCGAAGCCCAAGAAGAGGGGCCUUGGCGGCAGCGGGCCUCAGGCCGGGUCUUCUUUUGGGCCUCUGGCCGGGUCUGUGUCCGGGCACGAGGGCUCGGACGACGACCUGGAAACGGUGACCUCCUACGAGAUGGUGGACCUGCAGGACAGGGGGCCAAUAACAUGGCAUAGCAGGGUUCAUCGUACAUUGUCGUCGUUUCUAGUUUCUUGCAGGGCCUCCCGUCAUGAGUCGUGUGACAUCAUGUCAGAAUCAGUCAUAGCAUCUCAGACAAUGAUAACGUGGUGUUCCUGUAGUCUGAGUCGGGGAACAUGA